UUCGGUAUUUGUCGGUAGCCUUAGCUCUGCUCUGCCCCACUCUUUCUCUCCGGGUGUAUGAUCAGGAUCAGUCCAUGCAGGUGGCCCACGAGAAGCUCGUUGGUCAGCUGUAGUCAAACGAGCUAAGGUUACUUCUCACCAUGUCUGUACAAAAAAUCAAGCAGAAGAAAAUUCCUUGCACAGUUUUGCUGAUAAGUCCAACCAAGUCUAUUUACAGUUGUGACACAUGCAGCAAGACUUUUUCAAGAAAGUAUGGUUUGAAACGACACAGGAUAGAGUUUCAUGAAAAGGACGAGUAUGAGAAGGUCUCUGCAUUCAAACAGGGAGAUGAAGAGAUAAGUUCUACUAGCUAUGGAAAAAAGCGUUCACCUAUCAAAUAUGAAUAUAAAAGCAUUGAUUAUUUUGAACCAACAAAAGAGAAAGAUGAUGUUGAAUCAAGCAAAGAAAAUAUAAAAAUGAGGACAAAAAGAAGAAUGUUCAAGUGUGUUGAAUGCUCUCGUUCAUUUUCAAAAGAGAUUGCAUUGUUAAAACACAUGGAAAAUGAGCACCACUCCAAGACUUCAAAACAAGAAGAAUGGCCUGAACUUUCUUAUGUAGAUGAAUUGCCCAGAGAUGAAGAAAACCUUUUAUUUUGCAGUGAGUGUGAGAAGAGAUUCAAAUACUUGAGUGAUCUGACCGCACACUCCCGAGUACAUUCAGGAGAGAAGCCUUUCGUUUGUAAAACUUGCAAUAAAUCAUUCUCACAGAACAGUCAUCUGAUAAGACACGAAUCCAUCCAUGAAAAACGUUCAAAAAAGUUUAAAUGUAAUGUGUGUAAAAAGGCUUUCCGGCUUAAGGCUUAUCUUGAUGUACAUAUAAAGACCCAUUAUCCUGAUAAAUCGCACCAAUGUGAACAAUGCGAAGCAAAGUUUAAUCAUAGAAGCAAUUUGAAUACCCACAAGAAAAUCCAUUUGGGCAUCCGUGAAUUCAUUUGCAUAAUAUGCAAGAAGGAUUUUACUCUCAAGAGCCAUUUACAACAACAUUUGCUGAGAAUACACAAAGAAAGAUUGUUUUGACACUCUUCUAUAACUAUAGUUGACCCAACAUUUUAUUGAUUUACAUAUAUUCAGUUUUAUUCACAAUUAUUUUAUUUUUGUAUGUUUUAUUUACUAUUUAAUUUUGUAAUAUUUGGUUAUAGAAUGAAUAAAAUGUAGUAUUAAUAUUAAAACUAUUAAUUAAAAUUAGCAACAAAAUAAACGGUUUAGUUUGUAAUUUAUUUUUUGAGGAGCUGAUGGGUGGGCGGUCAGAUAUAUGAGACUGGAUCGGAGUUAGAGAUAACAUUAGUUCAAAUCUAUCUUGCCUCUGAACCUUAUAUUGUUACCCUACUUUGUUUGUAAGAAUUUAUAUUUUUAAGUUUUCAUCACAGCCCCCCCCCCCAAUAUUUGCAGCCCCCCAAAAUCUUUCACCUUGGACUAUAGCCCUUUAAGCCCAUAUUGUAAAUCCAGCCCUGGGACUGACCUGCUAUUAAAAAUAAUUAAAGACACAUUUUCUUCAUUCCAAAUUUAUGACAAUUGAUGUUGUUACAAAAAAAUUUCAAUGUUAUUAAUAAAUUAAUUUUUUAAAUUUAUUAAACAGUCAAAUCAAGUUUUGUAAGGAUAAACUGUUAUCAGACAAGAAAUAUUCGUAUAACAUUUAGUUUGAAAUCCCACAAUAUUACUUACCAAGUGUAAAAUCUCUCAAUUAUCAUUAAAUAGGGUUUCUCAUACAACACAGAAGAAUAACAUUUUAAAAUUACAAAUAGAUUGCUCAUUUAUUACUAUUUUUUAAAUUGAAAAGUUUACCUAAGAGAAAAUUAAAAAUAUACAUCAAACAAUCUGUCUAUAUUUUUUUUAUCGUUUCUUGUAUUUAUAAAUUAACCUAAAUAUAAAAACUGAUUUGGUAUACUGUUUGUUAUUUCACUGUAUAUUUACAAAAAUUGUACAUUUAUUUUUUAUAAUUUCUAUGUUAAGCCUAAAAUCAUAUUAGUCAUACUUAUUCAUUUUUAUAAAAAUAUUGUUUGAACGUUGUAAUUAACUGCAGUAAAAUAAUAAUUAUAUUUAUAUAAUUUUACUUUUGGCUUUAUAUCAAUACUAAUUUGAGACAAUUGUUUAUUCAACCGGUUGUUUGCACAUAGUGUAAUCCUUAUAAGGUUUAAAAACAAAUAAUGUUUUGUAUUUUGAAUAAACCUCUCAAAAUGACAGCAUUUUAGUCUAUUGAACAAAAGUUUUAAAUAAACACUUUUAUAAGCAAUA